CGACGAACUGCGUCGAAGAGAACAAAAGAGAGAAAACUUCGUGAGAAAACGAGAGAAAAGGAGAGAGUAAGACGCUCAGCUUCGAUAGAGAAGGUGAGGUCGUUACUAGAGCAGAAAGCCUAGAGCCGUCAGAGGAAGAGGAACUCGUCGGAGGAAGGGGAAGCCGCAAGCGUCUGCUCGAUUCGCGGUCUUAAGACGUCCGCCGCCGUCCUGCCACCGUGAAACUCGUCCACUGCCGCCACCGUAAUACUCGACUAACGCCGGCGUAGUCAACAAUUCUGCUGCUACAAUAUCUGCUAAUACUAAUAGCAUCUCAGUGCUUAACGACACGAAUUUUAAGAAAUGGAAGGAGAACGUUAUGACCGUUCUCGGCUGCAUGGAUCUAGACCUUGCACUUCGGACUAAGAAACCUGCCACUCUUAAGGACAAAUCUACCCUUGAUGAAAAGAGGGAGAUGGAGAGGUGGGAACGCUCAAACCACAUGAGUCUAAUGAUCAUAAAACGUGCAAUUCCAUAAUCAUUCAGGGGCACAAUGUCUGAUGAGGCUGAUGCCAAAUCAAUCCUUGCUGAACUUGAAAAGCGUUUUGCUAAAAACGAAAAUGCGGAAACUAGUAAUCUUUUGAGCACUCUUGUUUCCAUGAAGUAUAAAGGCAAAGGGAACAUAAGGGAGUACAUUUUGGAAAUGUCUCACAUUGCUUCAAAACUAAGUGCACUAAAGCUUAUUUUACCCGAGGAUUUGUUUGUGUAUUUAGUUUUGAUCUCUCUUCCUUCUCAAUUUAAUCAAUUUAAAGUCAGUUACAACUGCAUUAAGGAGAAAUGGUCUCUCAAUGAGCUCAUUUCUCAUUGUGUUCAAGAGUAAAAGAGAAUAAAGCAAGAUAAAACUGAAAGUGCUCAUUUGGCAUCUACCUCUAAGGCAACAAGAAAAGGACAAUUACGGAAGCUGUAAAUUCAGGGCCUCAAAGAAAGCAUCAUAAGGAAACUAAGGAAGAAACUAAGGAAUCUGGAUGCUUCUUUUGCAAAGGGACUAAUCACAAGAAAAAGAACUGCACUAAGUACCACGUCUGGCGUGCGAAAAAGGAUAUGUCUCUUGCUCUUGUUUGUUGUGAGGUUAAUUUAACUUCGGUACCCAAAGACACUUGGUGGGUAGAUUCCGGUGCUACUACUCACAUAAGUGUAUCUAUGCAGGGUUGCCUGAGCUGCGGAAAACCAAUUGAUGGUGAAAGAUACAUCUAUGUCGGUGAUGGCAAGUGGGUUGAAGUUGAGGCUAUCGGUGUUUUUAGAUUAUUUUUAAAGACUGGUUUUUAUUUGGAUUUGAAAGAGACAUUUGUUGUGCCGUCAUUUAGGCGGAAUUUAAUUUCUAUUUUUGCAUUGGACAAAUUUGGUUAUUCUUGUUCAUUUGGAAAUAGUCAGUUUAGUCUAUUUCAAAAUUCAAAAUUUAUUGGUACUGGUCUUUUAUCAGCUUAUGAUAAUCAAUAUUCACUUGAUAUAAAUACCUCAUAUAAUGAAACCUUGAAUGCAAGUACUCGUGG